CUUAGAGAAUUGAAUUCUGAGCAAAGUUAAAUAAUUUUUCCAGGAGAUAAACAUGCCUACAUUAUAACAGUUUGCUUGCGAGUAAGUAGGUACACGGUAGUGAAGCUGACAAGUUGGCUAAACUCUGAAUUGCUCGGCUAGCUUCCACGUAGAGGAACUAUGCAUUGGCUAACUUACCUAGCCUGCUAUGCUAAAUCAAUCAAUUUCCGCAAGCCGUAACUUAGUUACCUAACUUGGCAAACGAUAGCUAUCUCAUAUAAGACCUACAGUGAUUAAAUGACUUUUGUUUCAGCGAGUGAGAGCAGCAACAAGACGAUGAAAUGGCCGCUUUUGUGGACGGCGGUGGGGAAUUCCUUCAGAAGCGUAACCCCAGUACCGGUCAGGACUCCCAGCAGACGUCCUCUCUGGCUCUGCUUGCGGCCACCUGCAGCCAGAUGGACCCCCCUGGGGAGGGGGAGAGCUCGUCAGAGCAGCAGCCCCCCCACCAGGCGCUGGAGCUGGGGCAGGCCCAGCUGGCUCACACCCCCAGCGGCUGGCAGAUCAUCCCCGUCAGCGCCCCGUCAUCCACAGCCCCCAGCGCGGGGUCCGGGGAGGAGGCGGGGAAGGGGGCGGGGCCUGCGCAGGCCCAGCAGUACGUGGUGGCGUCGGCCCCGGCGCUGGCGGGGCAGCAGGUUCUGACGGCGCUCUCCGGGAUGAUGCCCGGGGUCCAGUACCAGGUCAUCCCCCAGUUUCAGACCCUGGACGGGUCCCAGGUGCAGCUGACCCAGUCGGACCCGUCCGCCGUGGGAACGGGACAGAUCCAGCUCCUCUCCUCCGCCGUGGGCGGCGGCCAGCAGCUGAUCGCCACGGCGAACCGGGCGGGGGGCGGGGGCAACGUCCUGACGGUGCCGGGCCUCAUCCAGCAGGCCAUCCCGCUGCAGAACCUGGGCGGGACCGUCCUGCAGAACCAGGCCCCGUUCCUGGCCAACGUGCCCGUGUCGCUCAACGGGAACAUCACCCUGCUGCCCGUGAGCAGCGCCACCGUGUCCUCCGCUGGCGGGGCGGUGUACUGCAGCAGCGCCGUCACCAGCACCGCGCACACCACCGUGUCCUCGGGGGGGCGGGCCAAGGGCGGGGUCCAGCCGCUGCAGGCCACGCCCACACUCUCCCAGGAUGCCCUGCAGAUCCAGACGCUGCCGGGCUCCGCCCCCAUCAUGCUGCGCACCGUGGGGCCCAACGGGCAGGUCAGCUGGCAGGCGCUGCAGCUGCAGGCGGCGCCGGGCACGCCCAUCACCCUGGCAUCAAUGCCCGGCCUCCCUCAGCUGGCACAGGCCCCCACCACCGUGCAGCUGCCCGGCCUGCAGACCAUCAACCUCAACACCCUGCAGGGCAUGCCCAUCACCAUCACGCACCCCACAGGAGACCAGGGGCUGGGGGGCGGAGCCGGAGGUGGGGCCGGGGGCGGGGACAGUGUGGAUGACAGCUUUAUGGAGGAGGGCGGAGACACCAGCCCCCAGCAGCCCAUGCGCCGCUCUCGCAGAGAGGCCUGUACCUGCCCCUACUGCAAGGAGGGAGAGGGCCGGAAUGACCCCGGCCGGAAGAAGCAGCACAUCUGCCACAUCGCCGGCUGCGGCAAGGUGUACGGCAAGACGUCCCACCUGCGGGCGCACCUGCGCUGGCACACGGGCGAGAGGCCCUUUGUCUGCUCCUGGACCUUCUGCGCCAAGCGCUUCACCCGCUCCGACGAGCUGCAGAGGCACAGGAGGACGCACACGGGAGAGAAGAAGUUCUCGUGCUCUGUGUGUCCGAAGCGUUUCAUGCGCAGUGACCACCUGUCCAAGCACAUAAAGACCCACACCAACAAGAAGGGCGCCACGGCAACCAAAGCUGGCGCCAGCUCUGCCCCCUCCUCGGUCGCCGCGGACACCACAGCGGCCACUUCCACCAGUGCAGAUGCCUGCACCGCGGGGGGCCCCACCCCAGACCAGCACGGUCUCAUCACCAUGGAAACGCUGUCGCCUGAGGGAAUCGCCCGAUUGGCCAACAGUGGGAUUAACGUCAUGCAUGUGGCAGACCUCCACUCUGUGAACAUGAACAGCAACGGCUACUGAGGUGGGGGGGGCACACUGGGCCAGAGAGGCAGGGUUAUGGGGGGGGUGACUUUGGUUCCUGCGUACCCCUCUGCCAUCAUCAGGACCCCCCCACACGCAGCGGACACGACUAAAGUCUGCUCUUCUCAGAGACUGAGACAGCGUUUUACCUGCGGUGGAACAGCGUCUGUGGCUGAUCCUGGAUCAGCUGUGUGCUUUUCUCCUGUGGUGGAACAGCGUCUGUGGCUAAUCCUGGAUCAGCUGUGUGCUAUUCUCCUGUGGUGGAACAGCGUCUGUGGCUGAUCCUGGAUCAGCUGUGUGCUUUUCUCCUGUGGUGGAACAGCGUCUGUGCUGAUCCUGAAUCAGCUGUGUGCUUUUCUCCUGGGCGGAACAGUGUCUGUGGCUGAUCCUGGAUCAGCUGUGUGCUUUUCUCCUGGGCGGAACAGCGUCUGUGGCUGGUCCUGGGUCAGCUGUGUGCUUUUCUCCUGUGGUGGAACAGCGUCUGUGGCUGAUCCUGGAUCAGCUGUGUGCUUUUCUCCUGUGGUGGAACAGCGUCUGUGCUGAUCCUGAAUCAGCUGUGUGCUUUUCUUCUGGGCGGAACAGCAUCUUUGGCUGAUCCUGGAUCAGUUAUUACUGCCAAGUCUAACUACUUAUUUUCUUCUUCUUGUACUUAGAGAUUUUUAUUUUCCUUUAAUUUUUACAAAAUAUUUUGAAUAUGAUUGAAAAUAUAGGUAUGUUUAAAGCUAUCAUGCUUUGAUAAACAUAAAAAGCUCCCCCCACCCUGUCUUUUCUUUGGGGGUGGGGCUAUGAAAAACAGGAGGGGUGGACACAGUAGCAUUGCUGUGUGAACGCCUCAAGCACAAACCUUAAGCAUUCAUUCUGGCAACUUUUUAUAUGACAUGAGACCAAUUAUUUUCCAAGAGAAUCUUGUGUUGGGCUGUGCUGGAGUUCAUCACAGUCUGAUAGAGCCCUGUGUUAGACUGUGCUGGAGUGUAGCACAGUCUGAGAGAGCCCUGGGUUAGACUGUGCUAGAGCGAAGCA